GCCCCCUGGGGGCCGGAAGUGCCCUGGUGCAGCGGGCGUUGCCGAGGCAGGUUCCCGCCGCUCCGUCUCGCGCAUCGCCCGGAGCCUCCGGCCGCAGGGAUGCCGAAGAGGAAGGCGGCGCGGCCGCUGCGGGCCCUCUGCCUGGAGAACGUGGCCGCCAACAUGCAGCAGCUCUGGGCCAAGGACUACGUCGAGCGCUCCCUGGACGAGCAGCGCUUCCGAUACGUGCUGGGGCCCUUCAGCGACCUGGCCGGCUGCCUGGUGCAGGAGCUGAUCGAGUUCCUUGGGAUCAAGCGGCGGGUGACGCGGCCGGUGCUGCACUUGCUGCUGGUGCCGCAGCUGACGGAGCUGCACCUGCGCAGAUGUUCGCAGCUGGUCACCAAGGACGUGGCUCAGAUGAUCUCCAGCCGCUGCAAGAACCUGUCCGUGCUGAACCUCGACAGCUGCAGCCGGAUCCCCAGCGACGCCCUGGUCAGCCUGAUAGAAAGUUUGCCUUCUCUCAAGAAGCUGGACCUGUCGGACACCCAGUGCAACACCCAGGUCUUGUCGGCCGUGGGCUCCACCUGCCGGCAUCUCUCUGAGCUGAACAUCACCGACUGCAAGCGGCUGUCCGCUGAAUCCCUUUUCCACCUGGCCUACGACGUCACGGCCGGCUCCUUCUCUUGCCAGGGCCUGCAGCUGCUUUUGGUCGACGGUUUGGAGCCCAGUGGUAGAAGCCGGGAUCUGAUCUGGGCCUUGGCCUUUGUCCUGCUGGCCCUUCCCAGCCUCCUUUUCGUAGAGAACGAGUUUGUUUCCGACGCUCUGCAGGAGAUCCUCGACCAGCAGUUUGCAGCUGCCCAGGUCGCCCCCCGUUUCCCCUCCCUGAAGGAGCUGGUCCAGCGCAGGAUGGCCAUGCGCACAGACCAGACCGGCUCCAGGCUCACGCUGCCCCUCAAGGAGCUCCUGGAGGUGGAGGAGACUUUCCUGCCCACGGUUUGUGCCGUGUGCCCACACUUGACCAAAGCCGUCGUCCUUCUGGACGACGGUUCCGCCUUGAGCCCCGCCUUCUAUACCUGGCGCACCCUCACCAACCUGACCUUGGACUGCAGCAGGCCCCGGAACCUGGCUGAGCUGCUCCCUGUGGCAGCCGUCCUCGGCGCCCAGAUGCAGUUCCUCUCCGUCGAUGGCUUCUAUGUCAGGGACGAGUUGUCUUUCCACACGCUGCUCAACCGCUGCCCAAAUCUCCAGAAAUUCACCGCCAGCAUCUUCCUGUCCUUGAGGGGCCAGGGAAGGCCCCCCCCGGAGCAGGAGGCUGUUUUGACCCCUCCCAGGUUCUCCCACCUCACCGAGUUUACCUUGAGCCUUUGCCAUUUGCACACUUCCGCACCUUCCCAGCCGAUCCCGAGGUUGAGAGCAAACCUCCUGUCUGUCCUCCAGAACUCCCCCUGCCUGGAGACCUUGGAGCUCUUCUACCUGCCUUUCGGCCUGGAUGAGGUCUUUGAGAAAGUGCUGGAGCCCCGGGGCGCUGCCCUGGUGCGCCUCUGUGAUCUUUUUCUGCUCCAGUGCCAGGUCUCCAUCAGCACCAUCCACCUGCUGCUGGCUGCAGACAACCAGCUGAAUUCCCUCCACUUGGACAAAUGCCCAGACAUCUACCGGGGUGACUACGAGGAGCUUCUCCGGAAAGUCAGCCGGGAAGGCCUUGACCUGCACAUCGAGUGGCAGUGAAGGGAGUCACCUUGGGGAGUCGGCUUGGUUUGUGCUGAGGCCAAAGCAGAGGAGCCGCUCUAAAUAAGAAAGUUUAAUAAAGUUUGUAUUCUCCCCCAC